GGGUGAUUUUAAAAAGGAGCCAGCCAUUCGUUAUUGUAUCAAUGUCAGAGAUGCUGUGGGUCGAAUAUCUAAUAAAGAGAAUAAAUAUAAUUCAGAUACUGAGGCUCCAAUCAAACACUUGGAUAAAUUCUUCUGUUUUGCCCAGAGCACUUCCAGUGGUAAAGUAUUGGGCGUUUUUCAUCCUAAAAGUGAAAAGGAGUGGGUUGUUAAUAUCAAGAGGAGCAUUGCUAGUGCUUUUCAAGCUAACUACAAAGAAACAGCUGUUGCUAAUGAAACUGACUCUCAAUCAAAACACAAGUCACAUUACAAGUAUUUCUCUGAGGGCAAUAAACAGAUUCAAGAAAGAAGGAUUGACUCUCGUGAUGUGUCAGUUUAUGCUGGAAAGGCUUCCAUUGAAGAUAGAAAGGGAACUCUCUACUUUCAUGAGCACGAUAAGCUUGAAAUAGACAGCGAGAGAAGGAUACAAUUUUCUGAAGGGAAAUCAGUCCUUGAGCUUGGAGCAGAGGAAGAGGAUAAAGCUACUGCAUCAGAUACCAAUGAUAAAGCAGUGCCUCCACUGGGAGCUAUCAGUGAUUACAAGCUCAAGCUGUCUCGCUGCUAUAAACCACCAAGAAAAGAUCUUGUAGAAGGGCUCACCGCUGUAAUGGCCAGCAGUGAGUGUGCAGUUGGGGAUAUUUUGGCUACAAUUGAUGAAGUUGAAGUUGAUGCAGAAGCAAUGGAAGAGUUGAGUAAUGAGUUACCAUCUUUUGACGAGUCAGUCAAGCGAAUACAAAGAGAUACUGAAUCAGAAGAAGCAAUACAGUUAGUGGAUAAGUGGAGGAAAUUAUUAAAACUUGAGUCUAAGAAUGGAGCAUUACCUGGUACUAGAGAAAAACUACCACAAUUACUGCAAAGACUCAAUGAGAUAGAAAUGGAGGAAGAAUCAAGUGAUGAGAGGGUAUUGAUAUAUCAUUUGUUAAGCUCUGUAGGCAACCUGGAAUCACAAAAGGCACUGUUAGAUAUGUUAAAGGUUCAUUCAGAUUCAUAUUUAGAAGUCACUAGCUUACUGGUUGAGAUUGCUUUAAUGCCUUCUGUUCAUUCCAGUACUGUAGAUUCUCUAAUCAGUCAAUAUGAGUCUUUAAAAUCAAAUGACUAUGUUGCUAAUCAGCUCAUACUUUCUUUGGGUACACUCGGUCGUCAUACUAAUGUUGAAGAUAAGAUUGUUAAGUAUUUGUCUGUGAAACUAACAUCAGCAAUGACUCCAGAAGAGACCUCAGUUCUUAUUCAUGCUCUUGGUAACACAGCUUCUAAGAAAAUAAUACCAAUUCUCGAACCUUUUAUUUCCGAUGAUACUUAUCAAUCCUACACCAUCGAUGCUCUGAGAGGAGUCUCAAUGGAUGGUGCAGUACAGAAAGAGUUUACUACACUUGUCACUGAGUCCCUGCAUCCUCAAGUAGUUCUAGAAGUGGUUGAGAGUUUAACAUCUCCAUUCAAAAACUCACUUUAUUCAUUCAAAAUCAAAAAGGAUUAUGAUGCUUCUCAAGACCUCAAAUCAGCACUAAUCAUAGCUGGUAUCAAAUACAAGGAAGAUGAACUGACGAAUUCUCUCAAGGAAUACUUCACAGCCAUUAAUGAUAAGACUUCAAAGAAAAUCCUCCAAAAAGGAUUAGAAUCAAACAACGUUGCUGCUGGCCGUCAAAAAAGAGCAACUACUUCACGGAACUGGUCCUCAAGUAGCAAUCGUAACUACAAUCUCAUUGAGUCACUGUUGAUAUUCAAGAUAGGGAUGGGUGUGACAGCCUCACUCAGCUAUCACAUAACUCCAGAGGCAUCAACCACAGUCUGUGAUACAUCACCUAAAGGAGAUGCCAAUGCUUGCUUUGAAGUAUACUCUAUUACUACUGGAAGGAUCUAUCUUAAAGCAUUUUGGCAAAAAAGAAAAACAAAGUGUUACUGGAAAUGGGGGCCACGAUGCAAGAUUUAUUGGUCUGGUCGGAAGACAUUUCGUCCAUUAUCAAAAACAUGGAACCUAUUCAGCAGGAAGAAGAAGUUAUUUGGUGUCUGUAGAGUGUGUGAAUGCUAUGGGAAUCACUUCCUUAAUGUGAUAUGUCAUGGUAACAAGUCUGGAUCAUCAACUUGUGCCUGCAGGACGCAGAUCAGUCGGGGAUAG